GAUGACACGGCAGUUAGUCACCGAGGGGAAAGUAUUAUUAGCCUCAUUAACUUGGAGCACCCUUCCAGCUCACACCUAGAGUUGGCCACCGAGCGGACCUAUUACUGACACAGCCAGGCAACCUUGCGAGGUUUGGAAACCCACUUCUUCGACCUAGGCCCGGGCACCAACUCUUCGAAUAACCGCUGACGUCCCCAAGCCCACUCACACCCACGUCAGGAAGCAGUUCCUGAAGAAGGCGAGGCACGGGGUGGGGGAAUCCCUUCCCCGCCCCAUCCUUAAAAGUUGCUGGGAGCGGCACCCAAAGAACUUUCCCAGAUUGAUCUCUGUCACCGCUCAGGGAGGUCUGCUCCGGGCCCUCAGGCUUUCCGCCCGGAGCCAAUCGGCCGUGCCUGCCAAGCCCCUCCUUCCCAGCACCUUUAAUGGUUGAGAGAGGGGAGGGUCGGCUGGGGUUUUCUUCUUAAGAAGUCGCACCGGUUUUUCGAGCUCCGCUCUGCGCCUGGAGAGCCACAGCAGCGGGAACGGCCGCUGCCACCACCGGGCCGCGGGUAGGUGAGUAACACCUUUGGGAGAAAGAAAAUUGGCUUCCUUUCUUGAAGGUGGUGACUGUACAGCAGGUAGCUGCAUGGAAGGAACAGUAAUCAGAUGGCCACCUUCUUCACUUUGUGCUAGGAAACAAAAUCAGUUAUAAGAGUCCAUGUUGAUCUCGGAAAUAGAGGGAUUUGAAAAAGUUAAGUUUGCACAAAGAACAAGAACUUUACCAUCUCCUUCUUGAUCUGAAGACUGGGGGACCAUGGAUAUUAUAGAGACAGCAAAACUCGAGGAACAUAUGGAAAAUCAAACCAAUGACCCCGCAAAUACUUACACAAGACCUGCCGAGCCUGUUGAAGAAGAAAACAAAAAUGGCAACAGUAAACCUAAGAGCUUAUCCAAUGGGUUGCGAAAGGGCACCAAAAAGUACCCGGACUAUAUCCAAAUUGCUAUGCCCACUGAAUCAAGGAACAAAUUUCCCCUGGAGUGGUGGAAAACAGGGAUCGCCUUUGUGUACGCUCUUUUCAACCUUGUCUUAACAACCGUCAUGAUCACAGUUGUGCACGAAAGGGUGCCUCCCAAGGAGCUCAGCCCUCCGCUACCAGACAAGUUUUUUGAUUACAUUGAUCGGGUAAAAUGGGCAUUUUCUGUAUCAGAAAUAAAUGGGAUUAUAUUAGUUGGAUUAUGGAUCACCCAGUGGCUGUUUCUGAGAUACAAGUCAAUUGUGGGGCGCAGAUUCUUUUUUAUCAUUGGAACUUUAUACCUGUAUCGCUGUAUCACAAUGUAUGUUACUACUCUCCCUGUGCCUGGAAUGCAUUUCCAGUGUGCCCCAAAGCUCAACGGAGACUCUCAGGCAAAAGUACAACGGAUUCUACGGUUGAUUUCUGGUGGUGGAUUGUCCAUAACUGGAUCCCAUAUCUUGUGUGGAGACUUCCUCUUCAGUGGUCACACCGUUGUGCUGACACUUACUUAUUUGUUCAUCAAGGAAUAUUCGCCUCGUCACUUCUGGUGGUAUCAUUUAAUCUGCUGGCUGCUGAGUGCCGCCGGGAUCAUCUGCAUUCUUGUAGCACAUGAACACUAUACUGUCGACGUGAUCAUUGCUUAUUAUAUUACAACACGGCUGUUUUGGUGGUACCAUUCAAUGGCCAAUGAAAAGAACUUGAAGGUCUCUUCACAGACUAAUUUCUUGUCUCGAGCAUGGUGGUUCCCCAUCUUUUAUUUUUUCGAGAAAAACGUACAAGGCUCAAUUCCUUGCUGCUUCUCCUGGCCACUCUCCUGGCCCCCUGGCUGCUUUAAAUCCUCAUGCAAAAAGUAUUCACGGGUUCAGAAAAUCGGUGAAGAUAAUGAGAAAUCUACCUGAGGAGCAAAACAAAGGCAUCAGCUCUUACACCAAAAGAGUUAACGCUGUAACCAAAGGUAUAGUUUUGGGUUUUUAUUUUAGAAGAACUGACUGGUAAAGGAAGAAGUGGACCAAAUUUUGUGUAAAUGAUUAGAAAGAUGAACGAAGUAUUACCCUUUGACUGCUUUUCUGAUUCAUCCUGAGAAAGGUAUAUUCUCCUGCAGCCCUUCAUUCAUUGGUGACAAGCCCCCCCACUGGGAUUUUACUAAUGAGCUUCUUAAAGAGGUGCCAAAGAACAUACUAUUCCUAUCCUUAUUCUUUCUCCACUAAAGCCCUCUACAGAAUUUUUUCAGGAUUUUUUUUUUCUCCAAGGUCAGAAGAAUUUGUUAAUGUUUUAAAUAAACUAUCUGGAUAUAUACAGCUACUGUGUAAAUAGAAUUACCCAAUGUUGAGAGUGGUUUUAGUAUUAGGCUUAUUAAUGAGGGGGAGAUCCAUGGUUAGGAGUAAACUGGAGGUGAACUUUGUUUCCACUUUGUCAUGGGGAAGGUCAGGGUCAGGUCUGGGAAUGUGCACUGCUGCUACCACCCCAUGCACUAUGUAUCACUUUUACUUUUUUUAACUGAUACUUAUACAUACACACAAACACAUGCGCGCGCACGUGUGUGUGUGUGUGUGUAUAGAUAUAUAUAGAUAUAUAUAUAGAUAUAUAUAUAUAGGAAAGGUGAUCUAAGUAAAUAUGGAAGUAUUUGACACAUCUCACAGAUUUUACGUGUGUGUAAAUAUUUCCCCUUAGAAUCUCUAUGGCAGAUAUACAGGACGCCUGGAGCUGUUUCUGCUAAACAGGUGGUCCUUGAGUACACACGUAUAUGCUAUCUGCCGGGUAGAUACGCAUCUGGUAUCCCUAGGGCAGUCAACUGCUCCAGCACAGGCUGGAAACACAUAGGUGUGUGAGCGGAUGAUCAUGCCACUUGGGGAACAAGGCUGCAUUUCUGUCCUGUCCUACCCUGUGGGAGAUCUGUUUUAGAGCUGCUGGUUGGAACUCAAAAAUGCAGUUGGCCACAUUUCACUGCAGACGAUUUCUUCCUAGUUACAUUGUACUUUGUGGAAAAACCAAGGAGGAGUCCAAAAGUGUAAUGUAUCCUUGCCUUUUAGCAAGAGACUCAGCUUCUUAUAAACUGGUCCUAAGGACAUAUGCCACAAUUGAGUAAUUUUACUUUGAUCCUGAACUUACACCACGGUGCUGCACUAUAACCUACUGUUGAGAUCGGUCUGUUAGACAGUUACAGCUACUCAGUAAAAGGGGGAUCAUCGUUUCUAAAGUUCUUUGAGGUGGUGCAAAAAGAAGAUGGAUUUUUAAAAAUCGGAUCAGAUCAAUGCUGUCCGAGUUAAUCUCUUAAAACUUCUAGUAAGUUUAAAAAAAGAUUUAUGGUUACAAAAUCAUCAACACUAGGUCAGAAGACAGAGAGGCCAAUGACGCCAGUGAGCGAGCAGUUACAUUUAUAUCGAAGGUGAAAAUUUCCCUCCACUUAAGAAUGAGAAACAUCCCGAAAUUUAUCACUAUAAACUGGUUUGCCUUGAUUUGAUACACAAAAUUGACCUUCAGAUUGCUUGAGAGAAGCACAGCACAAAUUUUUCAGAAGAGUCCUUAUUUUUGGUGCUAAAAUUCUGUUUGUGUAUUCAGUAUGGCUCUUUCUCAAUGUAACAGAAGAAUCACUAAAGGAAAGGUAGUCGAAUUCAAAGGGAGGAAGAAAGACAUUCUUCAUCCGAUCAUUUAAAACAAGAAUUGAAAUCCUAAAUAUCCUUGACAGGCUUUGAAAUGCAAGGAGUUUUCAGGUAUUUGUUAUUAAAUGAACCGAUAAGAAAUAUAUCUGUAGCUUCCCCGAUGUGCUUAGCCAUAAUUCUGUAUAACUUUCUCUUAUUAAAUAUUGACACUUGUGAUAUAUAAGGGGUUGUGCUUGAAAACACAGAGUUUAAAUUCCUGCUCCCUGAUUAUGAGCAAAAGCAUGUGACACUGAAGCCUGGGUUUUAUGCUCCUUACAUUGGAAUAGUCCUUGAGCAUCUGAUUCAUAACCUGAUAUACCUGAGAGCCUUAUUCAACAGUGUGUUGGAAAACCUAAUUUUAUGCAAAUUAAAAAGGGAAAAGUAUUUAAGAUUUAAAAAUCACGGUGUGUGGAUUGCCAGAGACCCUUGAAACAGUAAAGCUUGCAUUUUAGUCAAGUAAUACAGUUUUAAAAAAAACACAUCACCUUUUAAAGAACUUUAAAAACCUCUCUGACCUCACAUGUGGACACUAUUGCUCACAUGUUCUUUACGUGUAUGUCUCAUAGAUGUCUAGUAGACAUUAAGCAUGAGGUUUGAAAAUAAGGAGGGCAAAUAACCAAAGUUUCAAGAUGGGAAAAGAAAAGCAGUGAAACUCCAUUACAUGUAGGAAAGCAAACUUGAGGCUUAACCUAACAUGCCACUUAGAAAACUUAAACAAUUAAGAUCCUGCUUUUGAAACAAUAAAUUUUGGGAGCUCCUUUUCCUUGCUAAUUACAGUACAAGAUCUAAUCCAUUAUCUUUGUUUUUGUAAACCAGUGCUCCUGCUUGAAGCUUUCCUUGUAAUUUGGUCCUUCUGCACAAUAUCUAUAAUAUAUCAUUCCUGUAAAUUACUCCAUAUUUUUUCUAAAUUCUUUCAAGUGGAAAUGGAUUCCUCUCAGGUUCGAUUUUUUUUUUUUUUUUUUUAGCUCCUCCACAGCUCUGAAAAUAAAGCAUUGUUCCCAGCUCCACCAAAACUAAUUUUAAAUUUGUUAUUUAAUUUUACUGGCAUCUUAGGAAACAAGCUUUGCUGAGGAAAGGCUAUUUUGAGUGAGCCCAAGCCCCUGGUCUGGUGGAAUGAUGACAUUGUGUAAGGUUCUUUACUGUAUACCAGUGCCCCCUUGUGGAAAUAUGUUAUAUGACUUGGAACACAAACUUGCCACUUUUUAAAAGUAGAUUUUCAUGUUUUUAAAAGGCAUUUGGUUGGUUGGUUGGUUGGUUGGUUGGUUGGUUUUUUGUUUUGUUUUAUUUUUUGCCAAUAAUCUGAAAACAUCAUGCAAAAGGAACUUCAAGGUAUGUUAAACCUUUCCCCAAGGGAAAAUGUGCUUAGAUCGCAGAGAGUUGCAGUUCUAAUCUUUCAUCCAUUUGAUCAAAGAAAAUUUGAACACCAUUUUACCUCUCAUUGUCACAAUCAUUAAUGUCUCCCUUUAUAACUACCUAUAUACUUUGUUUACUUUGAAACACCAGGUUGGCUUUCUUAUUUUUUAUUAUUAUUUUUUACAUGCUAGAGCUCAUGCAGUUUCUGUUUUAAUUAAAAAGUUCACAUCUUGUUUCUUUAAUAUUUUGAACAUUUCUUUUUAAUUAUUUGUUGUUUUUUGUUUUACACUGUAAAACCGAUUAAAAAUUUAAGCUGGUCUUAACACACUUACUUCUGUAGGAAGUGUGAGAAGGAAUUUCUUAAUAAAUGAGUUUACAAGUUUUAAAUGAGCAUAUGAUAAGUAAUAUGCCAUGUGUUGAAGGCUUUUCUAUUUGUAUGUAUAAAGAUUUCUGGUAUUUUUUUUAAUGUCAUUGUGUUGCAAUAAUUUAACUCCUUUGACUUACUUGCUAAAAAUAUUUCUUCUAUUAAGAAGUGCUCUUGACUUCAGUACCUAAACACUGAAAAUCAUGUCAAAGGUACCCAAAGAUAAGUUUUUAUACAGAUAUACACCUUAUAAGUUCUCAUUUAUUUUAUUACUCAUUAACUAUACUGUGUUCUAAAUGAAUCAUGAGUGAGAAUAGCUCUUUAUUAUGGAAUUAUUUAAAACUGUCCUUUAAAAGAAAAAGAAGAAACUGUAAACAUAAGCUAAUCUAGUUGCCAAGUUGGAAUUCAUUAUUUAAUUUACCUCCUAUGCAAUGAUUAAUGCUGCAAAAUGUAUGGUUAUGUUACAGUAUAUUCACAAAAGAUAUAUUAUUACAAGAUUUGAGAGGUAGCCAAUUGCAUUCUUUCGGAAAUUUACUGUACUGUUUCAAUGUGUUAAGUGCCUUGUUGUAAAGUAAAAUUUUAAGUCUAGAAUUCAUUAUUUUCCUGACAUAUUUUUCAUUACGAUAUAUACUGUAUGCUAUUGUAAUAGUUUUAUUAAAUGCUUAUAUUUUAAUCAAACAUGUAAAUUUCAGAAGCUCUUUUCUCCUACCCACCAGUACCUUAAUCAUUGGUCUAUCAUUUGGGAUUUGCAUUCAAGUUUUGUUUUGUUUUGUUUUGUUUUUUUAAGAGGAAAUUAUCUUCGUUUAGAAAUGUUUUCCAUGCUUGUGCUUUUGUGUCUGUAAAAGACAUUUCAGAAGGAAUUUAGGAGUGGAACUAUAGUUUAUACUUCUAAAAAUGCCAUUUUACAUUUACAUUUUAAGUGCCUAAUUGUUAGUUAAAACUAAUUUAUGUUUCUAUUUUAAAGAGGAUAUGUGUACUUGGUUUCUAAUCUCCUUGGCUUUGCUUUAAAAAAAAAUAGCAAAAAAAAAAAAAAAAGCAAGAGCCUACACUUUGUAUUUACCCAAUAAACCACAGUGACAUCAACAGU